CGAAUGAGGGGGAAAGGGAGAUGCCGACCAAUUGCGCCGCGGCGGGCUGUGCUGCUACCUACAACAAGCACAUUAACGUCAGCUUCCACAGGUUUCCUUUGGAUCCUAAAAGAAGAAAAGAAUGGGUUCGUCUGGUUAGGCGCAAAAAUUUUGUGCCAGGAAAACACACUUUUCUUUGUUCAAAGCAUUUUGAAGCCUCCUGUUUUGACCUAACAGGACAAACCCGACGACUUAAAAUGGAUGCUGUUCCAACCAUUUUUGAUUUUUGUACUCAUAUAAAGUCUAUGAAACUCAAGUCACGGAAUCUUCUGAAGAAAAACAUUUGUACUCCAACCGGACCAUCUAAUUUAAAAUCAAACAUUAGUAGUCAGCAAGUGCUACUUGAACACAGUUACGCCUUUAGGAAUCCUAUGGAGGCAAAAAAGAGGAUAAUUAAACUAGAAAAAGAAAUAGCAAGUUUAAGAAGGAAAAUGAAAACUUGCCUACAAAAAGAACGCAGAGCAACUCGAAGAUGGAUCAAAGCGACAUGCUUGGUGAAGAAUCUAGAAGCAAAUAACAUAUUACCUAAGGGCACAUCCGAACACAUUUUACCAACUGCCUUAAGCAGUCUUCCUUUGGAGGAUUUCCAGAUUCUUGAACAAGACCAACAAGAUAAAAUGUUACCAAUUCUCUAAAUCUAAAACCAAUCUAGAGUACUUUCAUUUAAGAUUAGCCUGCGUAGAUCUUGAUGCCCAUCCUUUAUUCCAAGGUAAAGAUAUUUAAGGAAAUAAUGCCAAAAUUGGGCACUUAAUAAAGUUUUACUUGAAGUAACAUUACUGUAUAACUUAUGAAGACUUGAUUACAAAAAUGGAAAACUUUAUGAAACUUAUUUGAAAAAGCAUGGAAGUGCCUUACAUGAGAAUUACAUACUUUAAAAUUUUGCUAGGAAAUUUUGCAAGAUAUGUUGUGGUUUUGCCUUUUUAAACAACUUUUAAAAACGUCUAUGACAAGUAAUGUGUUUAUAUAACAAAAAAAAUGUUUUUGUGUACCAAAGUUGAGAUACUACAUUGUAAGUAAGAUGGUAAGUAGGAGUUAACCAACAUUAAAUAAGACUUUAAAAUUGCUAGAUUUUAUAUUAAUUUAAUUAUUAUUGACACUGUGAUUUGGAAACUUUGUUUUUAAAAAGCCUGAGGUACAGGGCAAGUUCUUUUAUUUAAACUUUCUGUACCUUUCUAACAGUAAAAGUGAGCUAAUCAUGACCCUCCGUCCUAAGAAUAUUAUCUUUUAAAAUGGGUUGUAAAGUAUUUUGAAAAUAUUUUUGAAUGUGAAGUACCCUUGAGUCAUCCAGGCUAGUAAGGCCUCGAGUACCUCAGACUAGUAAAAACUGUUAACGAUUAUAUCAACCUUCUAAGAAAAUAUGUUGUGAAAUAAUGCAGAGACCAAGAUCUGGCUUUUACUUUAAUUAAACAAAAUAACUGUAUACUACUUGUAUACUACUGUUUUACUCAAAAUAAAACCAAUACAUUUGGAAUUUCAAAA